GCUAGCAGGGAACUCCAACACACCGAGCAUUAAGUGGCCAUCCUACACUUCCGAGCAUACUCAAAUUAUUCCAGUCGGACCUCAUCCUCGGCUCCCAAUACGAACACCCUCACCUUCCAACCCGGCUUCGUCCUCAACCCAGCUCAAGUUUCAUAUCAUCAAUAUCCUAAUAUUCAUCAGAUCUACCAUCCAUGGCUCAUUCGGUUUGUGACCUCCAGACAGUCCCGAUCCUGGGGAAACCUUCGAUCCGGCUCGGCUACCACCUUGCCCCCUAUAUCGCCCAUACCGUCCUCACCGAACUACAGUCUUCGACCUAUGUCCUCAUCACCGACAGCAACGUUUCCCCACGCCAUGCGCCCGCACUCAAAGCUGCUUUCGAGAACCAGCUGCCCAAGUCCGCCCGUCUGCUCACUUACAUCCUUCCACCCGGCGAACAGAGCAAGUGUCGAGAGAUGAAGGCCCUCCUCGAGGAUUGGCUACUCGAUCACCGUUGCACCCGGGAUACCGUCGUUCUAGCUCUAGGCGGUGGUGUGAUCGGCGAUCUGAUCGGUUUCGUCAGUGCUACGUUUAUGCGUGGGAUCAGGUUUUGUCAGAUACCCACCACCCUUUUGGCCAUGGUCGAUUCAUCCGUUGGGGGUAAGACUGCAAUCGAUACCCCACUCGGCAAGAAUUUGGUAGGCGCAUUUUGGCAGCCAUCCUUCAUCUUCAUCGAUGCGUCCUAUCUGGAAACCUUACCCGAACGAGAAUUCGUGAAUGGUAUGGCAGAAAUGAUCAAAACCGCUGCAAUCUGGGAUGAAUCCCAAUUUGAAAAAUUGGAAUCCAACGUUGAUUCUAUUCGCUCAGCCGUCUUAUCACCACCACCUCGGGAUCCGAUCAACCCAUUUCCUGGUCGAGACCUUGCCAGUCGCUCUCAAGCACAGAAAUUAUUACUAGAGGUCAUUGCCGAUUCCGUGGGCGUCAAGUCGGAAGUGGUCACGAAAGAUGAAAAGGAGACUGGACUCCGAAAUCUGGUGAAUUUCGGACACACGAUCGGUCAUGCUAUCGAAGCCGUAUUGACUCCUGCGAUUCUCCAUGGCGAAUGUGUUUCGAUCGGAAUGAUUCUAGAGGCUGAGGUCGCUCGUGCACGCGGCUGCUUAUCCUCAAGCGCUAUUGCCCGUCUAAGCAAAUGUCUCAAGGCCCAUGGCUUACCGGUCUCCUUAACUGAUCCCAGAAUUCUCAGCUCACCCAACGCCCCCAAUCUUAAUCUCGACCGACUCUUAGAUUUAAUGAGCGUGGACAAGAAGAACGAAGGCAAGGUCAAGAAGAUCGUCCUGUUGUCCAGGAUCGGUAAGACCUUAGAAGAGCGGGCCACAGGUGUCGAAGACAGCCUCAUCAGACGAGUCUUAGCCCCAGCGCCAGAUGGGAAACAUGUGUAUCUCGGUAAUGCAGGCACUGCUGCCCGAUUUUUGACAACUGUCUGCUCACUUGUCAAAUCUCAAGUUUCGAAUCAAAGCUCAACAGUAAUCACCGGAAAUGCAAGGAUGCAAGAACGUCCUAUCGGGCCCCUCGUGGACACGCUCCGUACUAAUGGGGUUCAGAUUGAUUAUCUACGCAACGAAGGCUGCCUACCUCUCCGAAUAAGUCCUGAAGAUGGCUUCCCCGGUGGAAUGAUCGAAUUAGCGGCCUCCGUGUCAUCCCAAUACGUUUCCUCGGUCUUGCUCUCAGCCCCUUUCGCCCAAGCUCCCGUGACGCUCUCUUUGGUUGGAGGUGCUGUGAUCUCACAGCCAUACAUUGAUAUUACGAUUUCCAUGAUGUCGACUUUUGGAAUACAAGUGGAGCGUGUCAAAGAUCCAGCUACUGGGCUUCCUUCAAACACUUAUCGGAUACCCAACGGUACUUACAAGAAUCCCCCGGUUUACGAGAUCGAGAGUGACGCAAGUAGUGCGACAUACCCGCUGGCCAUGGCCGCCUUGAAUGGCCUCAGUAUCACGUUGGAAACUAUUGGCUCUGGAUCCCUCCAAGGUGACGCUCAAUUUGCCAAGAAGGUGCUGGAGCCUAUGGGAUGUCAGGUGAUUCAGACGGAGAGAGAGACGAAGGUUAUUGGACCCAGCGCCGUCUCCGAAUUACGACAACUUGGGGAAAUCGACAUGGAGGAGAUGACCGAUGCUUUCCUGACUGCUUGCGUCGUACUUGGUGUUGCUGCUCAGCACUCGGAAAAAGAGCAAAGAAUGUCCACCAGAAUCAUUGGAAUUGCCAAUCAGCGAGUCAAGGAAUGUAAUCGAAUCGCAGCCAUGGUGGCCGAAUUAGGCAAGAUGGGUAUUCAUGCUCAGGAGCUGGAAGAUGGAAUCGAGGUGUUUGGCACACCGGUCGAUGCGCUAGCCAAACGUGGCGAUCAAGUCCGUAUAAACUGUUACGAUGACCAUCGAAUCGCGAUGGCUUUCAGUGUCCUGGGAACGGUCCCUGGUGGUAAAGGCUUGAUCCUCAACGAAAAACGAUGUGUCGAGAAAACGUGGCCCAGCUGGUGGGAUGAUCUUUCGACCAAACUGGGUAUUCAGCUCGAUGGACUCCCUGCUCAGGAGAAGCUAACAAAUACAGCGUCGGCAGUUGCAUGGGAAGCUAAGAAACCAGAAACCCCAUCCAUUCUCUUAUGCGGAAUGAGAGGAUCGGGCAAAUCUUUCUCAGGUCAAGUGGCGGCCAGCACUCUAGGCUGGCCGCUAAUCGACACGGAUUUGUACUUUCAAGAAAAGUGUGGCUGCUCGAUUCGUGAGUUCAUUCAAAAGAACGAUUGGUCGCGCUUUCGAGAAGAAGAGUGCACGGUACUCGAAGAGAUCUUGAAGGAGUUUCCUUCUUGUCACGUUAUCUCACUCGGUGGAGGAAUUGUUGAAACCGAGAAAGGGAGGAAGAUGUUGAUGAAUUACGCAAACUCAAAAGGCCCGGUGGUUGAGAUCAUCAGACCGGUGGAAGAAGUGAUUGCAUACCUCAAUGAAGAUGGUAAUCGACCCAGUCUUGGCGAAUCGAUCGAACAAAUCUGGGCACGUCGAGAACCUUGGUAUCGACUCUGCUCAAACUCAGAGUAUUUCAACCUUGUUCACCCGGCCGUCGAUCAUGCGCUCAUCUCAGAAGUUCAACACGCCAAGCGGGCCAUGCAACAGUUCUUCCGGUUCAUCACUGGCGUUGACACAAACCACGUCUUACUUGAUCCACCAGUACCCCGGAACACCCACUUCCUUUGCCUCACAUUCCCUUCCUUGAGCCCUUGUCGAGAAGAAGACAAGACCAGCCUUGACCGCUUCGAAGAGCUUACCAUUGGAUGUGAUGCGGUAGAAUUGAGGGUAGACCUUCUCUCGACAUCUGGCAAAGCACCUACCAGCCCAUCCAUUCCGCCAACUGAAUUUGUGGUCAAGCAAGUCGCGGCAUUACGCAGACUAACCACUUUGCCAAUCAUCUAUACGGUUCGGACGUGCUCGCAGGGUGGGAUGUUUCCGGAUGGCCAACCAGAGGAAUGGUGUAAAUUGGCUGCAAUGGGUUUUAGAACUGGUUGUGAGUAUGUCGACAUUGAGUUGGGUCUUUCGCCGGAGCAACAGAAAGCACUGUGCAGCCAGAAGGGUCAUUCGAAGAUCAUCGCCUCCUACCAUGACUUUUCUGGUCGUUUGAAGUGGGACUCCAGCGAGAUGAUCCAGCGUUAUCACGAGCUGAAGGCCUAUGGCGAUAUGGUCAAGUUGGUCUCUCGGGCAGCCGAUGGAUUGGAAGAUAACCUGGCCAUGCUCGAGUUCAGGAAGAAACAUGCGACUCUUCAAAAGGACCGACAGUCACUGAUCACUAUCAACAUGGGAAGAUCUGGACAGAUGUCUCGGAUUCUGUCUCCGGUUCUAAGUCCAACCACUCACCCAUUACUGCCCGGUCCCCCAGCUGCACCUGGACAGCUAUCCUUCCGCCAGAUCCAAACGGCCCAGGGACUGUUGGGACAGAUUAUCCCAAAACAGUUUUGGUUAUUUGGAGCUCCAAUCGGCCAAUCCCGCUCACCCUUGAUCCAUGGAACUGGUUUCGAUACCCUUGGUCUUGAAGGUUACCGGUACCAGAAGUGUGAGACCAGCUCGGUGACUGACAGCACCGUCUUGGAGAAAAUCCAUGCGAGCGACUUUGGAGGGGCCUCGGUUACGAUUCCUCUGAAGGUGGAGAUUAUCAAGUAUCUCGAUCAGUUAACACCCGAUGCCCAAGCCGUUGGUGCAGUCAAUACGAUUGUUCCGGUCUCUCAGCGUGAUGGGAAGAUCAAGCUGCUAGGAGCUAAUACCGAUUGGGAAGCAAUCAAGAUGAAGAUCGAGGCUAAUCUACCGGCACAACAAGCCUUAGGAUUGAUCACUCCCGGUCAAUUGGUCAGGGCAGCAGGCGUGGUCAUUGGUGCGGGGGGCACAGCUCGCGCAGCAGUCUAUGCCCUGCAUUCACUUGGGUACGAGCAGAUCUAUAUCCACAACCGGACACGGUCCAAAGCGGAAGAGGUUGCGCAGGCGUUCCCGAGUUAUUUUGGGAUCCGGGUGAUCGACAGUCUUGGGUUCCUGUGUUCAGGGGAAGACGGGGUAUGGCAACCUUCAGCGAUCAUCUCAGCUGUGCCGGCCCAGGCGACCCGUCUCUCAGACGACCCGCCCGCAGACAGACUCGAGAUCCCCCAUGGCCUCUUCGACAGACCCGGCGGUGGGGUGGUGAUCGAGAUGAGCUACGCCCUUGGGAAGGACUCGGCACUCUUGAGAGCCGUCCAGGAUCUCGUCCGCUGGAAAUCCGUCGAUGGGCUCCAGGUCUUGGUCCAACAGGCCGCAAGACAGUUUCAGCUCUGGACUGGAAAACACCUCUCGAUGAAGAUCGUCUCUCAAGCUGUCUAUCAGGAGGCUUCUUCGGAUUAGCUUUCUUGCUUCCUCUACCUGC